GGAAUACUGUAUUUUAAUACCUGACAUCGUCAAACGAAAUCACAACAACGACGUUAGAGCACGUCGAACUAAAUACAGAAUAAUAGACAAAAGAGAAGAGGAACCUUUUGAGACAAGCACCCGAAAUGUUUCUGUUUCAGUUACCCGAAGAUGUCCUGUACCUCAUUCUGUCGUAUUUGGACUACAAAUCGCUGUGUCGCCUCUCGCAAGUUUGCAAGAGACUUUGUCAUUUCACAGCAAGAGACGUAGUAUGGAGAAGGAUAGCAAAGGAUUUAAUCAAUACUGGAAUGACACGAGAAGGAGCUGAUGUGUGCCCAGCCAUUCCCUUAAAAGACAGAGUGAAGACCUCCCAGAACUGGAAGAAAGGCGACUGUCGCAAGGAUAUUCUGCUAAAAUGGAAGAUUAACUUGUUGCCGUGGAUACAGCUGGACAGUGAUGUGCUGUAUCUCUCUCAGGCCGCUGACAUUGGAGCGUACCAUCUGCCAGCCGAAAGGGGAAAGUUCCAGUAUAAUCGAAUUGCUGUGUAUUCAGGACAUCAGGAGGACGUGUGCAGGUUCACGUUGACGGACACGCACCUUAUCAGCGCUGGGGGUGAUGGGAAAAUCAUCGUGCAUCACAGGGAGAGCGGCUAUUCCCUGGGAUACUACGGCCAUAACCAGGAAGUCAACUGCAUUGACUGCAAAGGCGGGCUGAUCGUUAGUGGCUCCAGAGACAAAACAGCCAGGAUCUGGUCCCUGUCCUCAAAUCGCCUGGGCGAGUGUUUACAUACAGUUCCUACCUAUGACAGAGUGUGGUCUGUGGCCAUUAGUCCCUCCGUAGGCACCUUUGUGACGGGCACAGCCUGCUGUGAAAACUUUGCUCCUCUGCGCAUCUGGGACACAGAGAGGUGUCAGCUGGUGUCUUGCCUUGGUACAGAUUUCCGCCGCGGUGCAGGUGUGUUGGAUAUAGUCUAUGAAUCUCCCUUCCAGCUCCUCACCUGUGGAUAUGACACCUACAUCCGUUACUGGGAUCUGCGCGUCUGCUCCAGGAAGUGCGUGAUGGAGUGGGAGGAGCCUCACGACAGCGCACUGUAUUGCAUUAAGACAGACGGCAAUCACAUGAUCGCCAGCGGAUCCUCCUACUACGGUGUGGUUCGUCUGUGGGACAAACGACAGACACGCUGCCUUCAGAUGUUCCAGUUAACGUCAGCCACCAGCAGUCCCGUGUACAGUCUCUGCUUCAACACCACACACCUCUACGCCGCCCUGGCUGCAGCCCUCUACUGCCUGGACUUCAAAACACCGGGGUCCCGGCCCAGGAGAUGACUCACUGACGGAACCGCUCCUUCCUCCC